UUGGCUGUGACAGGACGGGCGUAGAGCUCAGAAAUGGCCUUCAUCUCUGUGACAGGAAAGGCAGAGAGCUCAGGGAUUGUCGCCACCUCCACAGGAGGUUCUGCAGUGGUUGCCGCCCUCUCGGGAGGUUUUAUGGCCCAAACACAUAAACACCAUCAAGGAAGCACUGUGAACAAAGGAACAACCUCUAAGUCAGGUACCGCUGAGGGCGCCGGACUUGAGAGAGGUAAGGAUGCCAGACGCUGGGCUUGAGAGCACUGAGGACGCCGGGCUGCCAGCCACCCGCACUGACAUCAUUGGUGGGUCCGCCAAUCUGGAAACCGGCCUCAAACGCCUAGGGAUCACCCUUGUAGCCUCAGAUGUGUAGUGUGGUGUCCGUCAAGGCUGAAGUCUCCAUUAUGGUGGCAGUGUCUUGACAAGUCUCUGAGGUUGCUGCCAUGUCGUGACGAGAUUCUGGAGUGGCAACCAUGUCAUUGAGAAACUCUGGAGUGGCGUCUGCCCGGACCGACACCAAUAGAGGGUCUACAACACUGGAUGCUAGUCUCAUCCACCCCGAGAUGGGUCCAAGCGAUUCAUCCGAGAUUGUGCUGGCAGAUAACACAAUCUGCCAGAGCCUGAGGAGCAUAGCUCCCCCCACCCAAAAAAAUGUUCAGAAGAUGGCUGAGCGGUCAAUCACAAAAACUCCCUCAAGGACCAUAUAUGGAGAGUUGUGAUUUAAGAUGUUCAUUGAGUCCAUAAUAAUAAAAAGAGAUCUGGAAAAUGGGUUCGAUAAGCCAAGUCCAAAAAUUCACAGGUGUGGUCCUCGAAGGAACGCUCACCCUGGCGCAGGAGAAUAAGUUUCACAUGUUAGAUACAUGGUGACGGUCAGUUGAUCUGUUGUGUGCUGGUGGAUGAAACAAGCUGGCAGGGAAUGUCUAAAUGCAGGCAGUUUAAUGUCAAAACAAGAACGAACAAUGAACCAAAACAAGGGGAAACAAAACACUAGCAGAACGACCCCAUGACAUUCAACAACUGACAAAGCAGAAGGGAAACACAAUUCCAGGUUUCUCAAUUCCAAGAGCUCGACCAGUCUUGCCAGGCUACCUUGAAAGAAUGAACUCAGAAGGACACAAGAACACAGAACGCAUUCUUGUGAGAAUUGAGAUGUGCUGUGAUCUUGCUGCUCAACCGACAGUUCAGCGAUCAUGACCCAACGGUAGCUGCACGGAUCUCAGACGGCCUGGUGGACAUCUCGGAAUGGAUGAAUAUCACCUGCUGCUCAACCUUGCAAAGACUGAGCUUCUCAUCUUCCCUGCCACUCCAAAUGUGAUGAAUCGCUUGCUGUAUUCCUCAUAUUUCUUGAAGGUAUCUUGAGUAAAACAGUGACAAAUCAACGUAGCACCUAUAGAGGACCUGAACUGGAACAGAUAAUUCAGUUCGUCUGCUGUAGAAUUACAGCCGUCCAGAGAGCAGGAACAGACAGAACUGGUGAAAACAGUGUGACGGUAUGAAGACAAUGAAAGGACAGAUAGAAGAGAGAGGCUACUGGGAGAGUAAAGUAGAGUUUAUUUUAGCUGUGGCGGGAUAUGUGGUUGGACUGGGUAACGUGUGGAGGUUUCCUUACCUCUGCUACAAGUAUGGAGGAGGUGCAUUCCUGAUACCCUACCUGCUGUUUGGGGCUACUUGUGGGGUGCCUCUGUUCCUGCUAGAGUCAGCAAUGGGACAGUACACACAGGAAGGAGGCAUUACAUGCUGGCGUCGUUUUUGUCCACUGGCUGAAGGUAUCGGCUAUGCAGGGCAGGUCAUUCAGGUUUACGGCUGCAUGUAUUACAUCGUCAUUCUGGCCUGGGCGCUUUUCUACCUCAUCUUCUCUUUCAGUUCCCAACUUCCAUGGGCCAGCUGUGAUAACCCAUGGAACACAGACAACUGUGUAAAUCUUGCUGCAAAGAAUCUGACUCUCAACUGGACAACACGGAUUAACUCAACGCCUGCAGCUACCGAGUUCUGGGAACGCAGAGUGCUGGCUCUCUCUGGGGGUAUUGAGGAGGUCGGUAACAUAAACUGGGAGAUUCUUCUGUGUCUCAUUGUGAUGUGGAUCGUAUGUUAUUUCUGCAUCUGGAAAGGAGUCAGAUCUACAGGCAAGGUGGUGUAUUUCACAGCUACAUUUCCUUAUGUGAUGUUGCUGGUCUUGCUGGUUCGUGGUUUGACUCUUCCUGGAGCUCUGGAGGGGGUUGUGUUUUACCUGUACCCUCAACCAGCUCAUCUUGCUGACUUACAGGUUUGGAUGGAGGCCGCAUCUCAGAUUGUAUUCUCCUACAGUUUGUCUGUUGGCACUGUCACCGUAUUGAGCAGUUACAACAGAUACAGCAACAACUGCUACAGGGACUGCUUUUGGCUUUGCCUUCUGAACAGUGGCACCAGUCUGGUGGCUGGUUUUGCCGUGUUCUCAGUGUUGGGCUUCAUGGCCCACCAACAGGGCGUCCCCAUUGAUGAGGUGGCAGAAUCAGGUCCAGGACUAGCGUUCAUAGCUUAUCCACAGGCUGUAGCCAUGAUGCCUUUCCCUCAGCUGUGGGCUGUUUGUUUCUUCAUCAUGAUUAUUUUGCUGGGGAUAGACACACAUUUUGUUGCAAUGGAAUCUAUCAUUACGUCAGUGACGGACAUGUUCCCCAAUGUGCUGCGCAGAUCGGGACGACGAGAACUUUUCCUCCUGUUUUUCUGUCUCUCUUGCUUCGUGGGGCAAAUCUUCUUGGUUACGGAGGGCGGGAUGUACGUAUUCCAGUUAUUUGACAACUAUGCCUGCAGUGGAGCCUGUCUUCUGAUUCUGUGUGUAUUUGAGUCUCUGGCCAUGGGUUGGAUCUUCGGAGCCAAGAAAAUGUUUGACGCCAUUGAAGACAUGACAUCCUCACGACCGAACUGCUUAAUUAUGCUGUGCUGGAAAUACCUAACACCUCUCGGAUUCCUGGUGGCUUUUAUCUUUUCUGUGAUGGAGUACCAACCCCUGACUUUUAACCGUUGGUACGUGUACCCGGACUGGGCGUAUGCACUAGGCUGGUUAAUGGCCUUGUCCUCCAUUCUGCUGGUGCCUGGAUGGGCGAUGGGCCGACUGUUAGCUGGGAAAGGAAGCCUGAAACAGCGUUGGCUUCAACUGUGUAAUCCAGACACAAACCUUCCUCUCACCAAUAAGCAACGGGCUGGAAAGAAGGAAACUGAUUUGACCACACAGGGAAAAGAACUGGUCAGGUUGACUGUAGAGGAACAUGAAAAUGGACAGUGAAAGAAAACGAUGUGUAUCAGUCAGUCUUUUCAUAACUAUAAUGUCAUCAGGCACAAUUUUCUAAAAAAAAAAAAACCUCCACAAAAGAGGCCCAUAUUUUCAUCCCUAGACAUUACUAAACCAAACAGGUUGUUUUAGACAACUAAUUGUAACACCUGUAUGUGAAAACAUUAUGCUAAAAAGCAUCUAAAAAUAAAUUUCUGCAUUUCA